AUGACACAGAGCAAUUCUAUUCAAGAUUUCACGCCUUCGACAAGCCAGCAUAAUUGCUCUUCUGAUGUUGGGUAUGCUACAGGCAGUGAUGAGCGAAAUGUACUGACUGCCAUGCCUUUAUCAAGCACGGUGCCUGAUCAGACUGGUGACAAAUCAUCUUUCACCCUUCUUUACGACCCGGCUUCACCAUCUUUAAGGGCAAGUCCAAGUAAUGGGCAAUUCCACCAGAACAAAAUUCAGAACUCAGAUGUAAUGACAGAUCAUUCUGGCGGGGCGCGAGUUGCUCGUUCAGCUCGUUCCUCCAGCCGAACACCCAGGAGACUUAGUGGCAGCACAGCUACCAGCUCGGUCAGUGAAGCUGAAACCGGCCAUUCAAGCAUUGGCAGGAUUGGCGUCUGCGCUCUGGAUGUGAAAGCGCGCAGCAAACCUAGUCAGAACAUUUUAACUCGCCUCCAAGCCAAGGGUGGUUUCGAAGUGAUCGUUUUCGGAGACAAGGUGAUUCUCGACGAGGCUGUAGAGAAUUGGCCUGUAUGCGACUUUCUAAUUGCUUUCUUUUCCGAUGGCUUUCCACUGGAAAAGGCCAUCGCUUACGCGAGGCUUCGAAAGCCUUUUUGCGUUAACGAUUUACCCAUGCAGAAAGUAUUAUGGGACCGACGACUGUGUCUGCGAAUUCUAGAUCAUAUGAACGUCCCAACGCCAAAGAGAUUAGAGGUCAAUCGCGACGGCGGACCAAGGUUGGAAUCUCCGGAGCUUGCUCAGCACGUUUACAGGUUAACGGGGGUCAAGCUCGAAGGCCCUGAAGAUGGCACUGGAGGAGGCUCUCAGAAAACUCAGGUUGUAACAAUGUCUGAGGACGGCGAGGCUCUCAUUGUGGAUGGAAAUUUUAUCAGAAAACCCUUUGUCGAAAAGCCAGUGAACGGGGAGAACCACAACAUCCAUAUAUACUUUCCCAACGAUCAACAAUAUGGCGGAGGAGGCCGGAGGCUUUUCCGGAAAGUCGGGAACAAAAGCUCCGAAUACGAUCCAAACCUUGUGGUACCUAGAUCAGUGACAGAAGAAGACACAAGCUACAUUUACGAACAAUUUCUGAGGGUUGACAAUUCUGAGGAUGUCAAGGCUUACACUGUCGGGCCAGAUUUUUGCCACGCAGAGACACGCAAGUCGCCCGUGGUUGAUGGAGUCGUUCGCCGGAACACGCAUGGAAAGGAACUCAGGUACAUAACGAAAUUGAGCCAGGAUGAGGCAGCAAUUGCGUCAAAAAUAUCGAAUGGGUUUGGCCAAAGAAUCUGCGGCUUCGACAUGCUUCGAGUCGGGGAUAGGAGCUACGUGAUCGAUGUCAAUGGAUGGAGUUUCGUCAAGGACAACAAUGAUUAUUACGACAAAUGCGCCAGUAUCCUGAGCGACAUGUUUCUGAAUGAAAAGCGCAAACGCGAGGGAAUACAAAGGUCCCCAGAAAUGAACUCACCAGAUACAACCCAUCAUGUCAGACAUUCUGUCUCUCACAGGCAUACAUUAAAAACCUUGUUGAAAUCUCCAUCCGCGUCCAAACUCUAUGGCAGUCAUAAGAGCCUCGACAAUAGUUUCCAGGACCUUGCGGUGUUACCUCCAGCAUCCUCUGGAGCAGACAGUAUGGACUACAAACAUAGUCGUACGAGUCCAGAUGCGCGCCAGACCGAUUCAGAUAUAAGUGAUCUCGACCCGAAGACCCCGGAGUUGACCGGCCAUACUGAUGAAACGAUUCCUCCGCCUCCACCUCCAGCAUCUAAACAUUCCUGGAAGCUUAAGGGUAUGGUUGCAGUCAUAAGGCAUGCGGACCGUACGCCAAAGCAAAAGUUCAAGUUCACUUUCCACAGUCAGCCGUUUAUUGAUUUGUUGAAAGGCCAUCAAGAAGAAGUGGUGAUCAAAGGACAGGCAGCCUUGGCUAGCGUCUCGGAGGCUGUCAAGCUUGCAAUGGAUCAGAAACUGGAAGAUAUGGAAAAACUCAGAAUGCUUCGAACAUCCCUUGAGAAGAAAGGUGGCUGGCCUGGAACGAAGGUUCAAAUCAAGCCUAUGUUUCGCAAGCGAACGCAGGAGGAAUUGGGUACGCAUAGCCCAGAGAACUCAACCAACGACGGAGCGCAAACUAAUUGGACCCAAAUCGCCAAUGAUGGGAUCGGGAAUAAUGAAAAUUUUGCUCGAUCCUCUACCCGCAGUGACUCAAUAUCCGGUACAACAUUCUCAAGAUUCUCCGCUGCCGAGAAUGAUCUCAUCCUAGACAAGUUGCAACUUGUGAUCAAGUGGGGUGGAGAGCCAACUCACGCCGCAAGAUACCAAUCUCAGGAUCUAGGUCUCAAUAUGCGCGACGAUCUGAAAUUGAUGAACAAAGAAGCACUGAAUAAUGUUCGAAUCUUUACAAGCUCGGAGCGAAGAGUAAGUACUAGUGCUCAAAUUUGGGCGUGUUCUUUUCUCGACCAGAAGGAGCUUCCGGAUGAUUUUAUUCAAGUGCGAAAGGAUCUUCUGGAUGACUCCAACGCUGCAAAAGAUGUUAUGGAUAAGGUGAAAAAGAAGCUGAAACUGCUUUUGCGCGAAGGGUCUGCACCUUCACAGUUUACAUGGCCCAAGGAUAACAUCCCCGAGCCCUCGGUUGUUCUCGCUACUGUCGUUGAGUUGAUGAAAUUUCACCGAAAUGUCAUGAGACACAAUUUUCGGAAGAUUGGCAACUCUCCACAUCGUCCUUCAACCUCAUUUCCCCUUACUGACCAUUCUGACUCUCAGAAUGUCAUUCAGGACACGGAUAGCCCAACCCUUUCCUCUAUCCAGGGGCGGUGGUGUACUGGUGAAGAUCCCAUGCUCUUCAAAGAACGAUGGGAAAAGCUUUUUGCAGAAUUUUGCGACACGGAGAAGGUUGACCCGAGCAAACUUUCCGAGUUAUACGACAGCAUGAAAUUCGAUGCACUUCACAACAGACACUUUCUGGAGUGGGUAUUCAUGCCCCCAGAUGACGGGACCAACGAGCAUGAACGGCAGAGUCCCAAUUCUAAUAGUACUAACCGUACCGACGUUGUUGGCGACAAAAAGCCCGGACAUGACAGUCUAAUAAGCGAAGGAAUGGAGGAAAACGUGGAAAUGCCGACCUUAUCACAUCUGCUCCGAUUCAAGAAGCGUGCACAUGCAUUCGACGCAUUACCGCAUCUAAGAGCUCUUGAUGACUCUUAUGAUCACUAUUUCAAGCUAUAUCCAGGCUCUAGUCCUACGAAAGCUAAAAUGGAUGGGCGACUUUCAAAACUCCGGGAGUUAUACAAAUUGGCCAAAGUUCUAUUCGACUACGUGACUCCUCAGGAGUAUGGAAUUACCGACUCUGAGAAACUGGAGAUAGGCUUGUUGACGUCCUUACCCCUUCUUCAGGAGAUUGUCAGAGACCUCGAAGAAGUUCAAGCAUCUCCAGAUGCGAAAUCCUUUUUUUACUUCACUAAGGAGUCCCAUAUUUACACCCUCCUGAACUGCAUCAUAGAGGGUGGAAUUCAGACAAAGAUAGCCAGAAGCGCUAUACCUGAAUUGGAUUAUCUGUCACAAAUCUGUUUCGAGCUGUAUGAGGCUAAGGAUUGUGAAUCAUCUACAAGUUCCUACUCAAUCCGUAUCUCUAUCAGUCCUGGCUGCCACGCGUUCGAUCCGCUGGAUGUGCAACUUGAUUCGCGGCAUGCGAUUGGUUGCGCUCCGAGAAGAAGCCUAACUGCCCAUCAGGAUUGGAAAGAGGUCAUUGAAACCCUCAAAGCGAAAUUUGACACUGAUCUUCAGGGGCAGAAGGAGAUUAGGAUUGCCAUGGAUGAUGUGAUCUGCAUCCUACCACAUGCUGGCCAGGAUGGAAAGCAUUACAACAUGCUUUAUCUGCGGAAUGGUGCAAAAGAGGCGACGUCUGUUUCGCAAGGAGAUUGUGCAUCUUCUCUGGCAAGUAUACAAUUGGUUUCUCCACCACCUACACUAUUGUCACGGUACUUCUGUGCGGAACUUCCCCAACAUUUCAAGCCUUCCGCAAUUGAUCUUCAUGUCAUUAUCUCCGUUCCCUCAGGGACUGGGAAGGCAAAGAGUUUCUUCAGAAACAUUGUACAACCGCUCUUGGCACAUGUUGGAUUGACGGAGUAUGAAGUCCAUGAGACACAAUCAGCGCGAUCUAUACUCGAACUCUGUCAAUCGAGGCUUAUUGGUCGUGCAAAACUUGGUUUUCCCCAAACAAUCAUUCUUCUUUCUGGGGAUGGUGGCCUGAAUGAUAUUGUCGAUUCAUUCCACAGUACUCUCGGUGCUUCGCGUGUUCCUCCAACUGUCGCUCUGAUACCGAUGGGGACGGGUAAUGCCAUGGCAAGCUCUUUGGGGCUGCUCUCUCGCCCAACAGCAAGCUUGACUGUACUGCUGAAAGGGUCACCGAAACCUAUACCCGCCUUGGUUGCUAAUUUUUCUCCUGGUGCGCAAUAUGUCACGAAUGAGGGCCAAACUCGGAUCCCUAUGCUUGACGGCUCGAUGGCCCAGACCUCAGGGAAUUCAAUUCACGGUGUGGUUGUGGCAAGCUGGGGUUUUCACGCUGCCUUAGUUGCUGAUAGUGACACUCCGGAAUAUAGAAGGUUCGGAGCCGAGAGGUUCCGGAUGGCAGCCAAGGAGCUCCUUUUCCCGUCUAGCGGCGUCGAGACGCACAGGUACAAUGGUAAAAUCACAUUAUUUCGGUCUAACAUAGCGACCAAGGAAAACUCCACGGACACUCUAGAAUGCAGGGAACACAUGUACGUACUGGCUACACUCGUUCCAAGGCUCGAGAAAGACUUUCUUAUCUCCCCGGAGUCGGUUGCAUUGGAUGGCAGCUUGAGAAUAAUUCAGUUUGGCGCCGUCUCCGCAGAAGAAGCCAUGCAACUAAUGUCUCUCGCGUAUGAUGGGGGGCGGCAUGUACACGAAAGCAGCGUCCUCUACACGGAAAUUGAAGGCUUUAGAAUUGAUUUUCAUGAGGCUGAGGAGAAGUGGAGGCGCGUUUGCAUAGAUGGGAAGAUCGUCAUCGUCGAGGAGGAUGGUUGGAUGGAAGUGCUGAAAGAAUCUACGGGUCAGGUAAAUAUACUGAUCUAA